AUGAUUGAAAUGUUAUGGCAGAAUAGAAAUAAUUUUAUUUGGAAUAAUGAGAAAGAGGAAGCAUUAAGACUUGGUUGGAUAGCUUCCCAUAGGUGGCAGGAAUGGUUGCUGGCACAACAUCAUCAGGAUAGAGAGGUUAUUCCCCCAAACAGUCAACAGUGGACUCCCCCUCCUGUGGGAUGGUUAAAGUGUAAUGUUGAUGCGGGUUUUAAUCGCAAUAAAGGAACUUCUAAUAGAGGUUGGUGUAUCCGGGAUAAUAUGGGCCACUUUGUUAAAACGGGUGUUGCUUGGGACGUGGGUACUUUAUCCGUUUUGGAAGUAGAGGCGUUGGCUUUGAAAGAAGCUAUCCAAGGGACGGUAGACCUUCAUCUUGAUCAUGUAGUGUUUGCAAGUGAUUCUCAACAAGUGGUGCAAGCCAUCCAUUCCAAUGUUACCGGAAGCUCCGAGUUUAAUUUUAUUAUUCAGUCUAUUAAGCUAUUGUUACUAGAUUUUCCAAACUUUGAGGUAGAGUUUGUCAAACGUCAAGCAAAUAUGGUUGCCCAUUGUCUAACAAAGGCGGCCAAUUCUUAG